AUGCAUGUGGCUUCGAUUGGUUCAGGUCCAGUGAUCCUCUUCCUCCAUGGAUUCCCUGAUCUCUGGUACUCAUGGCGCCACCAGCUUCUCUCUUUCGCCGAUUUAGGUUACCGCGCAAUCGCUCCGGAUCUCCGAGGAUACGGCGAUUCCGACGCACCUCCGUCUCACGAAUCUUACACUGUCCUUCAUAUCGUCGGAGAUCUCGUCGGAUUACUGAAUUCGCUCGGUGUUGACCAGGUUUUCCUCGUCGGUCACGAUUGGGGAGCAAUCGUCGCGUGGUGGCUCUGUAUGAUCAGGCCUGAUCGAGUCAAGGCUCUAGUCAACACGAGCGUUGUGUUUAAUCCGAGGAAUCCUUCUGUGAAACCUAUUGAUACGUUUAGGGCUUUGUUCGGCGAUGAUUACUACAUCUGCAAGUUUCAGGAGCCUGGAGAGAUUGAAGAAGACUUUGCUCAAACUGAUACAAAGAACUUAAUAACCAGAUUUUUCACUUCUCGUGAUCCACGUCCACCUUGCAUUCCAAAGACAAUUGGCUUCAGAGGUUUACCUCCUCCACCUGCUUUGCCCGCUUGGUUCACCGAGGAAGACGUUAGUUUCUAUGCAGACAAGUUUAGUCAAAAAGGCUUCACCGGUGGACUAAACUACUAUCGCGCUAUGAACCUAAGCUGGGAACUCACGGCUCCAUGGGCCGGUCUACAAAUCAAGGUUCCUGUGAAAUUCAUGGUUGGUGAUCUAGACAUUACAUACCAUAUACCCGGAACAAAGGAAUUCAUACAUGAAGGCGGUUUAAAGAAACACGUACCAUUUCUACAAGAAGUUGUGAUAAUGGAAGGUGUUGGUCACUUCCUUCAACAAGAGAAGCCCGACGAGGUCACUGACCAUAUCCAUGGCUUCUUCAAGAAAUUCUGA